AUGGAAGAUGGAAGGCAGGGAAAAGUAAAACUAGAAAACCCGUGUUCAAAGAACAACGAAAUUAAUAGUAGCAGUAAUAAUAACAACAAAGAACAAGACAGGUUCUUGCCGAUAGCAAAUGUUGGCCGCAUCAUGAAAAAAGUGAUCCCGGCAAACGGGAAAAUCUCAAAAGACGCAAAAGAAACCGUCCAAGAAUGCGUCUCAGAAUUCAUCAGCUUCAUCACGGGGGAAGCCUCAGAUAAAUGCCAACAAGAGAAGCGGAAGACGAUCAAUGGUGAUGACAUUAUAUGGGCGAUCACGACAUUAGGGUUUGAGGAAUACGUAGAUCCGCUCCAAAAGUAUCUUCUCAAGUAUCGAGACUUGGAAGGAGAUAAGGGGAACAAUAACGGGCCUAAACAACAUCAUCAACAACAACAGCAACAACAACAUAAUACAACAAACAGUUUGCCAUAUGAAAGCGUCUAUUCUUCUUCUGCGGCAAGCAUCAUUUCUCAAUCAUAUGGUUUGCCGUUUUCUCCAAGUUCAAUUCAGACACAAAUACAUCCACAAGAAAGCAUUGAUUCUGUUGGACAUUGGUAA